UGACUGUGUUUUUCGAAGUGGAGGCUGUCUUGACUAGUGGAUAACUUCAUAGAUAACUGUGGUCCACACUUCAACAUAGUAGUUGGCGGCAAUGCGCCUUAACGCUGGUUGUCACCCUCCAUAAAGCCGAAAAAAAUAAGAAUAAGAAAACACCUUUUUGUUUUUGUUUUGUUUACUCAGCUCGCCGACGUCACGUCCUGGCGUUGGUCACGGGCGCAGCAUCGCAAACACCAGUGUUUCCGUCUUCUCCUCGAGCCACAGUAACUACCUUUCUUUAGCUGGCUGAGAAAACGUUACAGAAGCACGAUGAGCACCGAAAAAUACCCCAGGUCUUCUAUAGAAGACGACUUUAACUAUGGCACGAAUGUCGCCACGGCCAGCAUCCAGAUACGUAUGGACUUCCUGAGGAAGGUGUACACCCUGCUGAGCGUGCAGAUCAUCCUGACCACAGCCACCUCUGCCCUCUUCAUGUUCUCUCAAACCAUCAAGGAGUUUGUCCACGCCAGUCCUGCUCUGGUUUUGGUUUCGGCUCUGGGCUCUCUGGUUGUAUUGGUGGCCCUGGCCGUGUACAGACACCAGCAUCCUGUCAACCUCUACCUGCUGCUCGUAUUUACUCUGCUGGAAGCUAUUUCUGUGGCCACAGCGUUGACCUUCUAUGAAUACUCCACUGUGCUGCAAGCCUUGUUCCUGACCUGUGCUGUGUUCGCUGGACUGACUGUCUACACCUUCCAGUCCAAGAGAGACUUCAGUAAAUUGGGAGCAGGACUGUUCGCCUGCCUGUGGAUCCUCCUCAUUGCAAGCUUCAUGAGGUUCUUCUUCAACAGCGACAGCACCGAGCUGAUCAUGUCUGGAGCAGGGGCCCUGGUCUUCUGUGGCUUCAUCAUCUACGACACCCACCUGUUGAUGAAGCAGCUCUCCCCCGAGGAGCACAUCCUGGCCUCCAUCAACCUCUACCUGGACAUCGUCAACCUCUUCCUGCACAUCCUGCGUGUCCUGGACUCCAUGAAGAAGCACUGAAAGACUCGCCACUCAGCCCAUUGGAAAACCCCCAGAUGCACCUGUGCUGUGAUGAACCUGAGUUCAUGUGAGUUUCUGUCCUGAAGUCCACCAAAGUUUAGAGUUUAGACAGGAAACCAUGUGAUUGGUGAACUGUCUUUGCGCUACGUACUUCUGUUUAUCUCACCCAACUCCUUUUUGCAACCGAUUGUCCUUUUGUAUUAUUUAAUGUGAUCUAUAACAGGGAAGUUUUGUUUGGUCUUAAACCAAAAUGUACUCCUCACAAUAUGAGACAGCUCAGUGACAUCAAGGUACACUACAUGAUUUGAGAGCUGUCUAGCACACAUUGUGCUUUGGACACCUUUGGUGUUAUAUAAUACUACCAUUAUAAAGGUAUACAUAGCACAUGCAAUAUACACUCUGUUGCAUUAGUUUCAGCUCAGCUUGGAAACACUGAGCUAAAACUAAUGCAGUCUUACACACAAGUCCUGAAAUGCGUCUAAGAUUCAUGAAUGUUGAAUAAUUCAGGAUUUGUUUAAAAGAAUUUAGAGAACUGUUGAUUUAACUGUCAGUUUUUGUUUUUUUUAUUACAAAAAUACUGGGAAUGUAUCCAUGUAAAUGUACAUAUGUAAAUAUACAUAUGUACAUUUAUUUAUAUAUAUAUUGUCAUAUGUGGCACUAGAGAAUACAGUUUUCAAGGUAUGUUUACAUACAGUACAGUAUCUCUCAAUUGGGUUUAAUAUUUACGCAUCAUUCCACAAAUGUAUUCUCAAACUGAAUUUAUUGUUGAAUGUCUUCAAUGUUGUCAAACAUGAGAGGUUUGGGUUCCAUCAGUAUCGGUGCACCCUUCUCAUGAUGCACAACAGCCAGAACGUGACGCAUUGUAUAUUCAGUUUAUUGAAGCGCAUGCCCAGUUUAAUUGAUAUCUGUGAUUGUACAUAUUUCCAUGGUGUAAAUGUAUCAGUGUACAGUUUAUUACUGAAGUAUUGCAGUUAAUGAAGGGUCACAUGUUAAGGGUUUAGAGAAAUACUAUGUGAUUCUAGAGAAAUCUCAAGCAUCAGGAUAUGGUUAAAUGUUAUGAAGACAUUUGCUUCAACCGCUCCUACAGAAUGAUUCAAUAAAUAGACCAAAUGGAAUUUUUUUUCAGCUUCAGACUACAGUGGUGCAUGUUUUAAUGUAAUUGAGUCUUGGUUUUGUAGUGGACUAACAAAAUUAUGAAUUUCUGUCAUUGUGUUUGUUUUGUUGAUUAUGGUUUAUGAUUGAUUGUCCCUUUAACUGCUGUAAACUCUGUUGUUGAACUUUCUGUAUGGAGCUGUCAGUCAUGUGAAAUUAAAUGUUGCCAUUUUGAAUGGAAAAAGUAACCGAGA